UGUUGGUCGGCGGUUCAUCAUGGCGAUGCAUGCGAAAACUACUCCGCCUCAGAUUCCCGAUACCCGUCGGGAGCUUUCUGAGCUCGUAAAGAGAAAACAGGAGCUUGCGGAAACUCUGGUAAACCUGGAGAGGCAAAUCUAUGCAUUUGAAGGAAGCUAUUUGGAGGACACACAGAUGUAUGGAAACAUCAUUAGAGGAUGGGACCGCUACCUUACUAACCAGAAGAACUCCAAUAGCAAGACGGACAGAAGGAAUCGAAAGUUUAAGGAGGCAGAACGUCUGUUCAGCAAGUCCUCUGUGACAUCAGUCGCAGCUGUUUGUGCUCUCGGAGGCAUCCCUGAUCACAUGAACGAGAAGCGUGAGGCAGGCAGCGGCACCGAGAGCGACACCUCCCCAGACCUCCAGAACCAGGAGAACGAGCCGGGUCAGGAGGAGGGGGAGGAUGCCGACGGCGCCCUGCAGGACCUGAAGCCCCAGAAAGCUGCGUCGUCCUCCAGCUCCGCCGCUGCCGCCGCCGGCCACCACAGCAGUCACAAGAAACGCAAGAACAAGAACCGCCACAGUCUUGUAGCUCCACUGAAAAGAAGUCAAGAAGCAUUCCUACACAAGACAUGCCCUGGUGGCUCCACAACAUUUGAAAUCCAGUGCAGCCACCUCUUAGUUAACGUUGCAUACAGAGAUUUGACAUGAAGAUGAACAAAAAGCCCAGAGUGGACUAUUCAGCUUGAUGGUUUCCAUGGUGAGGAGUGAGGGUGAGACACAGACUCUCUCUCUGUGUCACCACACAGAGAGGAUUCAAGUUACUCAGCUGUGGUCUGCAUUCAUCCAUCGUUAUUCCUGUGUACCAUAACAUUGGCAGAGAACCCAGUCUACCGCAAGCAUGAAAAGUACCUCUUCUUCAUCCUCCCCCCUCUUCUUCCUCAUCUCACUCAACUUCCUUAUCAGUCUCCCAAAAGCAUAGGGAGGCACCAAAUUUCGUUUGUACAUUUAAAGGAUCCACCCUUUGUUCUUGCUUCCACAUUUCUUUUUGCUUCGGCCCAUGGUGUAGGAAGUCCUUCGGUUAGACCGUUAACAGGUUCAAGCUCUUGGUGUGUGCCAGCCCAUGACGGAGGGGCCACGUCCCAUCAAGUCCCAUCAUAGUGGAUUACCAUUACGUUGGAUUCUUUGUAUUUAUUAUGUUCUGUUAAGAAAUAUUCAGAUGAGAUUAGAGAUUUCUUUUUCAAAAACCUUGCUUCUUUUUGUUUCAACUUGUAAUUAAUGUGAAAAUGAAGACCAGUCUUUUCAUUA